AUGAUAUUGAUUGCAUCCAUAGCCGCCGUACAGCUCGAAGAGUCCGUUCAAACCAAUGGCUUCCGACUGUUGACCACUGCCUCUGUUGUUCACACAAUUGAUGACAGUAUGGGCCGCUUGAGCGCUAAUGAAAUUACUCACAACCACUCCGAAGUCCCGGUGCAGAUCAAGUCUAUUGAUAAAAAAAUAUUCGGGUCUAAGGCAGACAUGCAAUUACACACUCAGAUCCAUAUGAGAGAAGCCAAACCAUACAAAUGUUCUCAAUGUUCAAAAGCGUUCGCCAACUCAUCGUAUUUGUCUCAACACACUCGCAUCCACUUAGGCAUUAAGCCCUACCGGUGCGAGAUAUGCCAGAGAAAGUUCACGCAAAUGGAGAAGCGCUCCGGACUUCUCAGAGCCGCCCAUUCCUCCUCUGAUGGCUAUUGGCCUAAAGGCACGGUCAUCGGCGCCGGUGGCAGCGGUGCCUCCAACCAGAACAGUGAAUGUGUGGGCGACUUAGGCCCGCAUGUGCACCACCAUCACCAUCACCACCACCAUCAGACAGAACAGUCAUGUCUGGCAUCCGUUCUCAACGCAGACCAAUCGUCUUCAUCUCGGUAUAGGGGAGAACUCGACCCAACACAGCAUCGACUGUCCGCCGGACAACACCUGACCGGUGGCUCAAGCAAUGGGAGACCAUCUGAUGACCUGCUGUACAGUAUAGACCCGAAGACAACGACAUCAGUAUCUGCUUCUGCAUUCACACCCAUCCAAACGGCGGGUGUGUUGAGCGGCAGUAACGCCGCCCGCAAUGCUGUGGCCGCCGCUUACUUCCCGUACGAGUCGUUCGGUUUCGCCACCAAAGCGGCCACAACUGGGAUGACAGGAAUGGAGAUGAAGUCAGCGAUGGAAGCGACCAAAUCCAGUGGUCACACGUCUUUCCCCAACCAAUUGAUAGCUUUGCAUCAAAUCAGAAACUAUGCAUCGAUGCCAUCAUCGGCUGCGUCGGCCAUCGCUGGCGAACACCCGAUAUCUCUGAAAGAUAAACACUCGCAAUAA